GACAAGCCUGUCAAUUCUAAUGGCAUAUGCUGCGAGCAGGGCAAGUCUAAUGUUAAUGGCAUAUGUUGCGGGCAGGAUGCGCCUCUGAAUGCUGGUGGCAUGUGUUGCCCGUCGGAUAAACCUCUUAAUGCUGAUGGUAUAUGUUGCGAGUCGGACAAACCCAUUAACAGCCUCGGACAAUGCUGCGAAAAGGACAAGCCGCUUAACGUUGACGGCACAUGCUGCCCUCAGGAUAAGCCCGUUCUCAUUUCUGGUGUGUGCUGUGCUUCGGGCAUGACCGUUACGAAUGGCAUAUGUUGCCCUCAGAAUAUGAUCGGUAUUGGAGAUCAAUGUUGUCCUCAGAAUAACGCUGUUAUUGAUGGAAAAUGCUGUUCCCAGGAUUCAAUCGGCAGCGAUGGUCAAUGUAAAUUUGCUGUCAGGUAA